AUGGCGGGUAGCAAGUUUCUCGUCGCUUGCUUGAUAGUUUCAACUAUUGACAUUUUUUCAGGGAUUGUCAAUGGCCAAGUUCUGCAGCCUCCUUAUUUUAACAUCGCUACCGGUAAGAACAUCUCCGCGACAUCGACUUGUGGCGAGGAAGUUGGAGAGGAACUUUUUUGCAAACUGACUGGAAACACCGCUACCGAUGUCAUAUACAAUUCUGAUGUUAACUUGAUCCAGGGACAAAUAUGUGAUACCUGUGACCCGAAGAAUCCCCUGACAUCCCACCCAGCCUACCAUGCUAUAGACGGGACAAAACAAUGGUGGCAAAGCCCGCCACUUUCACGUGGGCUCGAGUACAACGAAGUCAACGUUACCAUCGAUUUUGGUCAGCAAUUCCAUGUCGCAUACGUCAUCGUGAAAUUUGCCAAUUCACCUAGACCAGCGUUAUGGGUAUUGGAGCGAUCUACCGACUACGGCCAAACAUUCACACCUUGGCAGUAUUUUGCAAGCACUGACAGUGAUUGUAAUACGUACUUUGGUAUGCAGUCUUUAGAAGCUAUUACCAGAGAUGACCAGGUGAUCUGUAGUACAGAGUAUUCAAAGAUUGUUCCAUUAGAGAAUGGGGAGAUUGUUGUCUCUCUUGUCAAUAAUCGUCCAAGUGCUAACAACUUCUCGUAUGCUGCCGUUUUACAAGAAUGGACCAAAGCAACGACUGUCAGGCUACGUCUUAUACGAACAAACACUUUGUUGAGUCAUCUUUUGGCGUUGGCAAGACAGGAUCCAACAGUAACUAGAAGGUAUUAUUACAGUAUAAAGGACGUGUCUAUUGGUGGUCGAUGCGUUUGUAACGGGCAUGCCGAUAAGUGUGAUACACCAGUACCGGGCGGUAAUCGGUUUCAACUCCAGUGUACAUGUCGACACAAUACAUGCGGUGAACAAUGUGAAAUUUGCUGCCCUGGGUUUGAACAAAAAAAAUGGAGGCCAGCCACUGUUGACAGCGCAAAUGAGUGUGAACCCUGCAACUGUCAUGGUCAUAGUAAUGAGUGUGUGUAUGAUGAGGAAAUAGCUGAAAAAAAAUUAUCUCUGGAUAUCCAUGGCAACUAUGAAGGAGGUGGAGUUUGUCAACGUUGUCAGCAUAAUACACAAGGUAUCAACUGUGAAGAGUGUAAAGCAGGAUAUUAUCGUCCACGUGGUGUGCCUCUUGAUAGUCCAGAAGUAUGUCAACCCUGUGAUUGUAACUUUUUCUACUCCACUGGGUCGUGUUCAGCUGAGACUGGGCAGUGUGAAUGUAGACCUGAAUAUGCUGGUUUGAAUUGUGAUGAAUGUGCAGUUGGUUACUAUGGUUACCCUACUUGCAGACCUUGUGAUUGUCAUCGUAAUGGUACAGAAGGAGGUGUAUGUGAAGUUGGCGGUAGACAAUGUCCUUGUAAGCCAAAUUACAUUGGUUUGAAUUGUGAUCGAUGCAGUGUUGGCUAUUACGACUUUCCUGCAUGUCUUCCUUGUGAUUGUGAUCAUCUCGGUUCCAGAGAUUAUGUUUGUAGUCCUCUUGAUGGUCAAUGUCAGUGUCGUAUUAACUACGGCGGUCGAGCAUGUGAUGAAUGCAAAGAUGGUUAUUAUAACUACCCUGCUUGCCAAGCUUGUUCUUGUGAUGCGUUUGGAACUGCUGAAGAAAUAUGUGACAAAGACACUGGUGCCUGUAUUUGCAAAGAGAAAUAUGGUGGACCAAGAUGUAGCAAUUGUGAUGUUAGUUACUAUAGUUACCCCAAUUGUUAUGACUGUGACUGUGAUACCGCUGGUUCUGCCCACGAUGGCUGUCGUGAUUCUGGACAGUGUCCAUGUUUACCAAAUUUUAGUGGCAAGAAAUGUGACAUGUGUGCAUCAGCAUAUUUCAAAUACCCAGAAUGCACUCCUUGUAACUGUCAUCGUACCGGUUCAUUCAGCAUAAGCUGUGAUCAGAUAACUGGACAGUGUAAUUGUAGAAGUAAUUUCCAAGGAGUCACAUGCAGUGAGUGUGCAGAAGGGUUUUAUAAUUUUCCAGCCUGUGAAGUGUAUUUAUGCAUUGCUUUUAAAUCUGUGUAUCCAGAAUGUAAAUGUGAUCCAGCUGGAGUUGUGUUUGUGCCUGGUGAACCGUUAGCAGGAUGUGGGGCAGCUACACAGGGGUUAUGUCAGUGUAAAGAGAAAGUGGGUGGAAGAACCUGCAACCUAUGUGAUCCACUGUAUUGGAAUCUGCAGUUCAGUAAUCCGGUUGGAUGUGAAGAAUGUCAUUGUUAUAAACCGGGAACUGUGUCUGGAAUAGCAGUCUGUGAUGUGGUUUCUGGUCAGUGUACUUGUAAAGAAUAUGUUGAUGGUAGACGUUGUGAUCAGUGUGAAGAUGGAGCAUUUGAUUUACAAACAAGAAAUGUAUUUGGUUGUCAAGCAUGUGGAUGUGAUUUGGGAGGUGCCAGAGAUGAAAACUGUGAUAAGUCUACGGGUCAAUGUGUCUGCAAGCCAAGAGUGUCUGGAAGAACAUGUGACAGACCUCUGGAUGUUCAUUUUUUCCACAAUCUGUAUCAUAUCAAAUAUGAAAUAGAAGAUGGUCGUGCUCCAAGAAAUAAACCUGUGAGAUUUGCAUUCCGGGAAUCUGACUUUCCAGGAUAUUCUUGGAGAGGAUACGCUGUCAUGUCAGCAGUCCAGCCUGAAGUGCUUAUACCAGUUGAAAUCAGAAACCCAAGUUUGUAUCGACUUGUAUUCCGAUAUGUAAGUCAAAACAACGAACCAGUGAAUGGAGAGGUUACAGUCACUCCAAGAACGCAGUCUGAAUUAGCCAUUGAACAGACUAGUAGUGUUGUGUUUAAUCCUGGUACAAGUCCACAGCUGGUGACAGUGUCUGGUAAUGGUGUUAUAAUGCCGUUUGUUAUGGAUCCCGGACAAUGGAUAAUCUCUGUAAAGUCACCAGAAAAUAUACUAUUGGAUUAUUUGGUGUUGUUACCUUCCGCUUACUAUGAAGCGCCAUUGCUACAAGUAACAGUGAAUGAUGCUUGUAAAGCUGGCAGCUACCAAGAAGCAUGUAAUGAAUAUGCGUUCCCAAGUGUUGCAACAUAUCCAACUAUAGAGGCCGAACAUGGUUACUAUCAAGACAGUGGUCAACGAUAUCCAACCCAAACAUUCAGAGAUCGGUCCAUUUUGCAAGAUUUGAAUGUUGAUGCGAUGGCACAACUUGAUGAACAGCAGCCAACACUUGGACUGUCUUUACCCGUACCCAGACCUGGAAAAUACGUGAUGAUUAUCCAGUAUUUUGAUGGUGGACCAAAUGCACACCGUCUUGAUGUAUCAUUACUGGAUUCAAGGACUGAACAAGAUGGUCAUUCUAACAUCUAUGAUUGUCAACAUUUAUGCCGUGCUGUUGUCUUGGAUUCUGAAAAUAAAGUAAAGGAAUUUGAUAUCAAACAAAGUAGGGUUACUAUUUACCUCGAACAAGAACAACCGUAUGACUUGGCAAUUGAUUCAGUGACCUUAAUACCUGUUGAAGAAUGGAAUGAAGAUUUUGUGAAUCAAGCAUUGGAAUGUGUCCUCAGGAAACCAAGUGACAUAUGUGUUGGUAGUCCUUACCUGACACCUCCGGGAACACAGAAAUGGGAAGUAGAGAGUUUAGCAUAUCUUCCAUCGUCUUCCCUUGUGCAUACUGGGGUAACUCCUAAUGUUGAUGAUCCAAAUACGGCUCUCUAUACAUUAGAUGGACCGGGUGGAGUUCCUUCAGUUGAGAUGAGAGACAUCUUACCUGACAACGGUCGCUAUGUUUUUGUUGUGCAUUACUAUCAACCAACAAGUGUGUCUUAUGAUGUCAAUUUUGAUAUUCGAGGAAGACCCAGUCAGAGUGGUACAUUUAAUGCUAAGUUCUGUCCACAUGUAUCUGGAUGUCGUUCUGUUGUGACCACGCAUGAUGGUGAUGUAGCUUUCGAGAUAAGUCCUUUUGCACCAGAUCUUGUCAUAACUAUUCCAGAUGAUAAAACACUGUGGUUGGAUUAUGUGAUGGCAAUACCAGAGGAGACGUACAGCUCAGAUGUCCUGGAACCACUACCAAUAGACCGUGCUGGGGAAUUUAUCAGAGAAUGCGGACAAAAUGAUUUCUAUAUCAGUUCAGAGACGACUGGAUUCUGCCGUGACAGUGUAUUCUCCUUGACCACUGAUUAUAACAAUGGCGCUGUCAAAUGUGACUGUAAUUAUGCCGGUUCUACAAGUUUUUCAUGUGACCCUCUUGGAGGCCAGUGCCCAUGUAAACCCAAUGUUAUUGGACGAACUUGUGACCGCUGUAAAACUGGCUAUUAUGCAUUUCCUAACUGUAUACCGUGUGGAUGUGUUACUGGUGUUUGUGAUGAUAACACUGGUGCCUGUAUUUGUCCACCUAAUGUUGGUGGACCAAACUGUGAUCAGUGUUUGCCAAGAACAUUUGGAUAUGAUCCAUUUAUUGGCUGUGAGGAGUGUGACUGUGACCCAAAAGGUGUACUUGGUGAUUUGAACUGUGACCUCGUGAAUGGACAAUGCAAUUGUCUUCCGAAUGUCGGCGGUCGUCAAUGUGACGUAUGCAAAGCAGGUUAUUUCAACCAUCCUAGGUGUGUACCAUGUACAUGCGAUCUCAGGGGAACAACCUCAGAUGUUUGCGAUCAACGGUCAUCAGCCUGUCUGUGUAAGGAGAAUGUUGAAGGUGUACGAUGUGACAAAUGUAAAGUUGGAACAUUUUAUUUAGAAGAACGCAAUCCAAAGGGAUGUACCAGCUGUUUUUGUUUCGGCAUCACGCAGGAAUGUAAAAGUUCAUCAAGAGUGUUUGAUCCUAUAACAACAAUGAAUGAUUGGACAGCAACCAACUUUGCUGAUGGGCGAGUGACUGUGAGGAAUAAUGUCAUUAAUAUUCAAGUUCUUGGUUCAGGAGAUGAUCCUGCUCAGGCAAUCUAUUUUGUUGCACCAAAGGAUUAUCGUGGAAACAAGGUAUCUUCAUACGGUGGUGUUCUGGAAUACUCGAUAACUUAUCGUAAUUUGAGGAAUGACGUCUCAGUACGGCCUAUGAGGAGACCAGAUGUUAUAUUCUCGGGUAAUAACUUUGAACUUGUAUAUUCUGCACCAUCUCAACCUGUAGCAGGAGUGACAUUGACAGUGGUUGUGGACAUCCUUGAGAGUAGCUUCCAGCAUAGUAUUGGUGGUGGUCAAGUUAGUCGUGAGGAAUUAAUGAUGACCUUAGCUGACCUCACUAAAUUACACAUAAGAGCGCAAUAUAUGACAAAUAUCCAAGAAGCAAGUUUGAGUUUUGUUUCCUUCGAUGUUGCUAUGAAAAAAAAAGGAACAAAGCGUCCAGCAGAAACAGUUGAACAGUGCAGAUGUCCUGCCAACUAUAAGGGACUCUCAUGUGAGAAAUGUGAGGAUGGAUACUACAGAGUCAGUAGUGGUGCGUAUCUUGGCGUAUGUGUACAAUGUGAGUGCAAUGGCCAUUCUGAUAUCUGUGAUCAAGAGACUGGUACUUGCUUGGAUUGUCAAGACAAUACAGCAGGUCCAAAUUGUGGGGAAUGUAAAACUGGUUAUGUUGGUGAUGCUACGAAUGGUACUCCAUAUGACUGCCAAAUAUGUUCAUGUCCAUAUCCAACAGAAAUUAACAAUUAUGCGUCUACUUGUGUACUUGGUUCAGGUGGGGAGACACUAAGCUGUGAGUGUUUACCAGGAUACACUGGUGAAAGAUGUACAAGCUGUGCUGAAGGUUACUAUGGAGACCCAACCAUUAUCGGUGGUGAAGGAUGUCGUCCAUGUGAAUGUAACAACAACGAGUUGGUAGAUCCUAGUGAUGGCGGAAGGCAGUGCGACGCCUUCACGGGUCAGUGUCUGCGUUGCAGACCGGGCACUGCAGGACAUAAUUGUGAAAGGUGUGCUGAUGGUUACUAUGGUGAUGCAAUUGUUGCUAAGGAUUGUAAAGAAUGUGACUGUGAUGAAUGUGGCACAGAAAGUUGUCAUCCUGAAACUGGUGUCUGUCUUUGCAAGCUUGGUGUCACUGGAAGUCGGUGCCACAAAUGUCCAAGAAACUACUAUGGCUUCAAUACAUGCAAUGGAUGUCAAUCAUGUGAAUGCAAAUCAGGAUCUGAAUACUCACAAUGUGACGAUGAUACAGGACAGUGUGAUUGCAAGCCUGGAGUCGGCGGCAGAGACUGCGGUGAAUGUCUACCUGGUUACUGGAAUUAUCAACUAAAUGGCUGUGAGCGAUGUGACUGUGGUGAGAAUCUACGAUGUCAUCCCACUACUGGUGACUGUGUCUGUUUACCUGGUGCAAAGGGACCUAAAUGUGAUCAAUGCGAAGAAAGAUAUGUUUUAACAGAACAAGGGUGCCAAGAAUGUGAUUCCUGCGUAACUUUACUUUUGGAUGAGAUGGAUGUAAUGGACUAUAAUGUCUCAGAUGCUAUUGAUGAUCUCACAGGUGUCUCUGUUGGUGUUGAUGCAGUCAAGAGACUCAUGAAGAUAAACGACACAGCAUAUGAACUAUGGGCCAAGUUGCCAGGUGUUAAAAAUGGUUAUAGUGGCAAUUUACAACCAAUACUGGAUGAUAUCAGUGAAUUGAAAGAUGAUGCUAAUGACAUUGAAGCAAGGUCUCGUAAAGCCAAGAAAGAUGCUAAGCCAAUAGCUAAAGAGGCAGAAGACACUGAUAAACGAGCUGCAGAAGUGGAAGAUCUUGUUAAUAAAGCUGCUCGGAAAGCAAGAGGUAUUUUAAAAAUCCACUGUAAACAUUUCAUGAGAGAAUCGUUAAUAUGA